AUGUCCUUGCCAACCUCAUACAAGGCGGCCUUGUUCAAGGAGGCGGGAGCCCCACUGGUCAUUGAGGACGUGCAGUUGACCAAGCCCGCCGCGGGCGAAGUGCUGGUCAAGGUCGAGGCUUGUGGUGUCUGCCACUCGGACACAAUCCCUCAGGCUUACGGGAUGAAUGGCAAAUUCCCGAUCAUUCCUGGUCAUGAAAUUAUCGGAAAGAUCGUCGCCUUGGGUGAUUCGGUUUCCCAGUGGAAGGUCGGCGAUCGAAUUGGCGGCCCAUGGCAUGGAGGCCACGAUGGCACCUGUCUCGCCUGCCGUAAAGGCCACUUCCAGAUGUGUGACCUUGGGAUUAUUAACGGCGUCACGAAACACGGCGGAUAUGCGCAAUACUGCAUUCUCCGUGCCGAGGCUGGUGUUCGCAUCCCGACCCACGUUCGGGCGGCGGAGUAUGCGCCCAUUCUGUGCGCUGGUGUCACCGUCUUCAAUGCGAUGCGUCAGAUGAACGUGCAGCCGGGCUCCACGGUGGCCAUUCAGGGUCUUGGUGGCCUGGGACAUCUGGCAAUUCAAUACGCGAAUCGGUUCGGAUUCCGUGUAGUCGCCAUUUCGCGUGAUGCGCAAAAGGAGAAGUUUGUACGAGAGCUGGGAGCCCACGAGUAUAUCGAUACCAGCAAGGAGGACGCGGCCGCGGCGCUGCAGAAGCUUGGUGGUGCUUCACUGAUCGUAGCCACCGCACCGAACCCACAGGUCAUUUCGCCACUCUUGAAAGGCCUUGGUCCCCUCGGAAAAAUCUUGAUUCUUGCCGUGGCGGGUGAGGUGCCUUUCGACACCUUGGCGAUGAUUUCCAAAGGCCUGUCGGUUCACGGAUGGCCCAGUGGCCAUGCGAUGGACUCAGAAGAAGCCAUUCAGUUCACGGAGCUGGAAAACAUCAAGUGCAUGGUGCAAGAGUAUCCGUUGGAGAAAGCCAACGAAGCAUUCGCAUUUGCUCUUACUCCUCAGCAGUACGGAUACAUCAAAACCAUGGCGACAGAAUCUUGGGAAGUACUUGUCCAGAUCAAACAGGCCGAAGCCGCGGCCAAAAUACCUUUUCCAUGGCGUCUCCCUGCUGAAUACACCAACAUAUCCGAGACGGCCAGGAUCAACGUGCUGGACGUUCCGCGUCGUUGUGGUCUUCUGACCUCUAAACAAUUAGAAAUUACUGAAAACUACGAUGCCACCUCGCUUCUAGAGAAACUAAGUCGCCAGGAACCGUCGGCCUACGAAGUUACGGAGGCAUUUUGCAUUCGUGCUGCGAUUGCACAGCAGGUGACCCGGUGCCUCACAGAGACAUUCUUUGAUCUCGCACUUCAGCGAGCGAAAGAUCUGGAUCGGCAUUUGCAAGAAACUGGGCAGCUCGUGGGACCCUUGCAUGGAUUGCCCAUCAGCUUCAAAGACUGUUUCAACGUCGAAGGGGUUCCCAGCACAAUUGGAUUCACCUCUUUCAUCAAGAAUAGCCCUGUGAAAUCGAACUCAGCACUUGUGGGAAUCAUCGUGGGUCUUGGGGGAAUCCCUUAUGUCAAAACAAACAUUCCACAGACCAUGAUGGCAGCAGACUCUCACAAUUUCGUUUUCGGAAGAACACUGAAUCCCCAUAGUUCUAAUCUGACAGCAGGGGGAAGUUCAGGCGGAGAAGGGGCACUGAUCGCCAUGCGAGGAUCCAUACUAGGUAUCGGUACCGAUAUUGCUGGAUCGAUUCGUAUUCCAGCCAUCUGCAAUGGGGUAUAUGCUCUGCGUCCUUCAGCGGAUCGUAUUCCAUAUGGUGGCCAGACAAGCUCUGGCCGACGCGUGGAUUCAUCGGUCAUUUUCUCGCCAUGGCGGACUGUAACUUCGAAGUCGCCGCUGCGUCUAGGUGUGAUCCGGGAAGAUCCUCACUUCCCACUGCAUCCACCAAUUCUUCACAACUUGGAGCGAGCAAUCCAAAAGCUUCAAGCUGCAGGUCACCAGAUUAUUCCACUGGAGACACCAUCAAUCAAGGACGCCUGUGCACUGGCAUUUCGCAUGUUUGCCAUGGACCCGGCCGGCACUGCAUUCCAGCACAUUGCUGCCAGUGGAGAGCCGAUCAUACCGGCGCUGGCUUCAACAUCUCUUCCGCAUGAAUACCUGCAAUAUGACUAUGCUCCGCUAACCCUUGAGGGACUCUACGAUCUCAACGAGCAGCGGUCCAAGCUCAAAGAGGAGUUCCGCUCACUGAUCGUGCAAGCCGACAUUGAUGUCAUUAUCAUGCCCGGUUACCAGGGAACUGCCCAAACUCAUGAUCUCUUUGGGUUCGUACCGUACACUGUUCUCUGGAACCUCCUUGAUUACCCGGCUUGCAUCGUGCCAUUCGGAAACGCAAACAAGACUGCAGAUGCAGCAUUCAUUCGAAAUGUGGAGUACAGACCACCUUAUAUGCCGGAUGAAGUGGAAAGCGCACCUUGCUGUGUGCAAUUGGUGGGCCGAAACUUGCGUGAUGAGGAAUUAAUGAAAGCUUCUCGAGUUGUUGCGGAUAUACUCGCGGCUCAAUAA